UUUCACUUUGCAGAAACCGUCGUUUUCCCUCGCUUUCUAUCUUCACAAUUUUCUAGAGAAAAAGGAAUCACACUAGCCAAACGCACUGUUUUUUUCCUCAUUCAAAUUAAAAUAACAGCUUAAUUUCCCCAGAUGGAGAGUUGCUAUCGAUAUUCAGCGGCCGCUUUAGCUUGGCUAUGUGUUUUCUCGAUCCUCGUGGUUUUCUUUGCCUCUGCCCAAUUCAACUCCUUCGUGAACUUCUCUGCUUCGAAGCUUGAAUCACCGAAACCGAAACCGACACUUGAGUUGCAGAGAAUCGUUUCUACUCCUGAUAAAAUCAGAGCCGUUAGUUUCAGCGGAUCAACUGAUCAUCAGCACCUCUACCGACCUAAAAACACCACCGUCAUAAGAAAAAGGAAGAAACCGAAUAGAGAACAAGUGUUAGAGCAAGGACUAGCUAGAGCUAGAGCUUCGAUUCGCUCUGCGGCUACAGCUCGAAACGUCACGGUAACUUUGGAGAAAGACGAUUACGUUCCCGUCGGAGAUGUCUAUCGUAAUCCAAGCGCGUUUUAUCAGAGCUAUGUGGAGAUGGAGAGGAGAUUCAAAGUCUACGUGUACACAGAAGGGGAACUGCCGAUAGUCCACGAUGGGCCAUGCAAGGAAAUAUACACGAUAGAAGGAAGAUUCAUACACGAGAUGGAGCACGGGGCUAAGAGGUUCCGGACAAACGAUCCUCGACAUGCUCUCGUUUACUUCAUGCCCUUCAGCGUGGCCUGGAUGGUCAAGUAUAUUUACAAGCCGCUGAGUUACAACGUUACUCCUCUUAAGCAAUUUGUUUCUGAUUAUGUCAAAGUGGUAUCCACCAAGUACCCAUUUUGGAAUCGAACUCAUGGCGCUGAUCACUUCAUGCUUGCCUGUCAUGAUUGGGGGCCUCAUGCAUCACAGGGCAACUCACUCCUCUACACAAAUUCCAUUCGGGUCUUGUGCAAUGCCAACACCUCCGAAGGCUUCAACCCACAAAAGGACGUAAGCCUUCCCGAAAUCCGCCUAAACGGUGGCUUCUUAUCCCCCAAACUCCUCCAGCCACCUCUCCCCAACGCUUCUAGACCCCAUCUCUCUUUCUUCGCAGGGGGACUUCACGGCCCAAUCCGCCCAUUCCUCCUCCAACAUUGGAAGGGCCGCGACGAUGAGAUGCAGGUCUUCGAAUACCUCCCGAAGGACAAAGACUAUUACUCAUACAUGCUCCAAUCCAAGUUUUGCUUAUGUCCAAGCGGGUAUGAAGUUGCCAGCCCCAGGAUCGUCGAGGCCAUAUACUCCGAAUGCGUACCGGUGAUCCUGUCGGAGCGCUAUGUUUUGCCGUUCAGCGAUGUGUUGCGGUGGGAGGCUUUCUCGGUACAGGUGCAGGCGACGGAGAUUCCCAGAUUGAAGGAGAUUUUGUUGGGAAUUCCAGAAGAGAAAUAUCGGAAACUUCAGGAAGGUGUGAGGGCAGUGCGGAGACAUUUCAUGUUGAACCAACCUUCCAAGAGAUUUGAUAUGUUCCACAUGAUACUGCAUUCUAUAUGGCUUAGGAGAAUUAAUGCAAGACUAGGAUAGAUCUCAUGGUUAUUUUCCAUACUAUUAUGUUAAAAUCCCAAAAAAAAAAUGAAAAACAUGUUUAUAUGGUUUGUUAUAGGAAGAAAAUAUACGAGAUUAAUUAUGUUUUUUCUUCUUUUGGGUCCUCUAACCUCAUGUAAUGCUUACAGAACAAUCUGUAAUUUAAAUUUGUUUAUGAAUAAAAAUUCGUAUUUAUAAUUAACACAUUACGUUGGUUACAAGUUAACUCAAAUUAAAAAUACAAAAUUAAUGAUUAUUGUAAAACUAAAUCUAUUUUUAAGAACGUUAAUUCUUUUCUUUUAUUUUGUUAUCUUUUAAUUAUAAAAAUGUCAUUAAAAUUAAAUUAUCUGCAUGCUAUGUUGAAAGAAGUGAGUAUAUAAAGUGCAAGGAUUGAACCUCAAGCAAACAUACAUUAUCACUUGCCGUUGCAUAGGAUUGUGAUUUUUUUUCUUUUUUUUUUUUAGGAAAAUGGUGUCGGGUUGGGUUGAUCCAAUGGAAAGUCCGGCCCAUUUUCAGCCCAUUUAUACUGUACGGAACAGGCGAAUAGAAAAAUCUGGCCCUUCUACAAUUAUGGGCCAUGCAAAAUAAACCGAAAAAUAAUUUUUUUUAUAUAAGAGUAAAGUUAAUAUAAGAAAUUUACUAAAUGUAUAAAUGUAAAAUUAUAUAAAAAAAAUACCAC